GAAUUUCAUUAAUACAAAAAAAUCUUCCAAAAUCCUAAUUAAAUACCGUACAUUCUUGCCGGAUUCCACAGGCUGUAUAUAUAUAUCUGAUAUUCAGCCAUUGACGCACACCCAUAUUGACUGGCAGGCCUUCCAGCCACAAUGAAGAAAACUGCAAACAUCGUCUUCAUCGCCGCUCCGACCAUCGGAAACCUCGUCCCCGCAGUCGAGUUCGCAACUCAGUUAACCAACACAUACCCAUGUCUUAAAGCCACGGUACUAGUCAUCACCAUGUCUACUCGCCCACUCAUCGACACCUUCGUUGACUCACGCGCCAACGUCAACGCCGGAAAUGUCUCCUUCGUUUACCUCCCUCCCACAGAGCCGCCAUCUCCAGACCAAUAUAAUAGCUUCGUAGGCUUCAUGUCUCUGUCGAUCGAGAAACAGAAAACGCACGUGAAGAAUGCACUCGUGGAUCUCAUGCAGACUCGAUCCGAGCCAACGAACUCAGUUGUCCCCCUGGCCGGAUUAUUUGUUGACAUGUUUUGUACGUCGAUGAUCGAUGUAGCUAAUGAAGUCGGAGUGAAUUCUUAUGUGUAUUUUGCAUCUCCGGCUUCAUUUUUAGGCUUCAUGCUGCACCUUCCAGUAUUAACUAAAUUAAGUGCUGAGUUGGAUGACUCGGAUGCUGAGUUGAGGAUCCCGGGUUUUGUCAAGCCUGUUCCUGUAUCGGUGUUGCCUACUUUCUUUCUCACAAGAAAUAAGGAUGAUGGUUGCUCUUGGUUUGAGUAUAACGCAACCAAAUACAAAGAAGCGAAGGGUAUUAUAGUAAACACGUUCAAGGAAUUGGAGAAUCAUGCUCUGGAUUCUGUCUCUGCUGACUAUGUUGACUUGCCACCGGUUUACCCGGUCGGUCCGGUUGUUGAUCGUCGCGGACCGGCUGGAUGGAAAGUCAACGAGGAUCAUGAGGUAGUCAGAAAAUGGCUUGAUCAACAACCGGAAGCGUCGGUAGUUUUUCUAUGUUUUGGUAGUAUGGGGAGUUUGAAACCGGCCCAGGUCAAAGAGAUUGCGCAUGGGCUAGAGCAAUCCGGGCACCGGUUCUUGUGGUCACUGCGAGAACCGGCCAAGGGUAAAUUGGACCUUCCAGGGAAUUAUACGAAUCCUGACGCGGUAUUGCCAGAUGGGUUUAUUGAUCGGACGGCAGGGAUUGGAUUGGUAUGUGGUUGGGUGCCACAAGUGAUGGUAUUAGGCCACAAUGCAGUGGGAGGGUUUGUGUCACAUUGUGGGUGGAACUCAAUUUUGGAGAGCUUAUGGCACGGGGUGCCAAUUGCAACAUGGCCUAUUUAUGCAGAGCAGCAGCUGAAUGCAUUUGAAAUGGUGAAAGAGUUGAAGCUAAGUAUGGAGAUAAGGCUGGACUAUAGAGGAGGUGAGAAUGAUUUAGUAUGUAAAGAAGAGGUGGCCAAAGGAGUGAGGAGUUUGAUGGAAUUAAGUGAUCCUGCUCAGGAGUUGAGAGAAAAGGUCAAGAGAAUGAGUCAGGUGAGCAAGAAUGCUGUGAUGGAGAAUGGCUCGUCAUUUGUUGCUUUGGCUCGAUUGGUUCACCAACUGCUGCCUGAUAUCUAGGACCAUGUGAUUGGCAUUUUGUUGCCUUGUUUAUGUCAUGAAGUUGUUUCGUGUGCUCUAUUGGAUUUGUAAUUGAUAUUUUUACAAGGGCCGGGUUGCCAAUUUUUUUAUGUGGAUUGUUUCGCUGGAGAUGAGCUUAUCUACAAAAUAGUGUUCAUGACAAACGGAUUGAGAAGAUGCAAAUUUAAAGAGAAGGGCUAUUGCUAGCGUGAGGCGUUUGUGUCUAAAAUUAGAAAGUAGUUAAAAGAAGGUAGACUAAUUCAAUAAGAUAUCAAGCCCACGAGAGAUUGGGAAAAAGUUCUGAGAUUUCCCAUCUCAGAUUGUAAGGGUCCAAGUGGCACUUGCUCGCCUAUCUUUGAUUCUACUGGCCGCAUGCUUCUGAAUCACCAGCCCGACAUUUUUUUCAUGAUUAUCAACUCAACCAUGUACACAUAUUUAAGCCGGUCUAUCAGCAAUUGGCUAAUGCUGAAAACUUUGAAAUUAUGUUUGUUUUAUGUUCAUGACGCCUUAACCACUUGGAGUGAUGCAAGUGAAGAAUUAUUCUGGGAAAAUUUCAUUGACAUAUAUGCCUUGGUUGGCACUCCCUUAUAAAGACCCAAAGUCUAAGUAUUUGCGCUGGAUUUUCGACUUACCCAUUGACAUGUGCGGGCAUUUGCCAGAUCCUAGUUUUGUGAUUGUUGGACCUCUGAGGAAAAUUCUUUGAGCCUUACGGCUUUGACAUCUUAAAUAUUUUUGGUGCAUCAGCACAUCCUUUCACCCGCAAGAGAGCUGCUGAGUUGGACGCUGCAAUGCUGCAUUGGUAAGGAAUAUAAGGCUUGUUGGUUAUUCUUGAUUUUUGGUAUUGGAAAUGUAUCUUUUGCUCAUAAAAUGCUGAAGCUGGAAGUUAGUGGAACUUUAUGCUAAUUUUGAAGUUAAUUAUAUGCAUCUGAAGUAUAAUUAAACAAAUUAUAGACAUAUCAGAAAGAUCUCCCAGGGAAAAUGUUGUAAAAUAUUACUGUGGUGCCUGAUGCACCAUUGAGUGAUCAGAUAUUUUAAUCCAGAAUGUCUUUUGGUA